CGUUGCCGACGAUUCCCCCGCCUAUUGUAGAUUUAAAAGCCUCCGACUUUUAAACGGUUUAAAGUAAGAAUCUAUCGUUGCCUGCGUGGCGGAAGAACACGUUGGAUAAAUUAUCCGCCCGUGCGGAGGGAUCUGCUACCCUUUCUCUGUAUAUAUAAAGGCCGUAGAGACAAGUCUCGCUUUCUUUUGGACGGCCUUGUGCUGGUUGAUAGUUUUUUCUCUCUCCUGUUACUUUGGCGCCGUCAUGGGCUUUGGGGACCUGAAAUCUUCCGCGGGGCUCCAGCUUCUCAACACCUUCUUAGCGGAUAAGAGCUACAUCGAGGGGUAUGUCCCAUCCCAGGCAGAUAUUGCAAUAUUUGAAGCAGUUGGUGCUGCUCCUCCUCCUGAGUUGUUUCAUGCACUCCGCUGGUACAACCACAUUAAGUCUUACGAAAAACAAAAGGCAAGUCUGCCUGGAGUGAAGAAAGCUUUGGGAAAAUAUGGCCCUCCAGAUGUUGAAGACACAACAGGCACAGGUGGAGACAGCAAAGAUGAGGACGACAUUGAUCUCUUUGGCUCUGACGAAGAGGAGGAAAGCGAAGAAGCAAAAAGAUUAAGGGAGGAGCGUCUUGCUCAGUAUGAAUCAAAGAAAUCCAAAAGACCAGCACUUGUUGCCAAGUCCUCCAUUUUGUUGGAUGUGAAACCUUGGGAUGAUGAGACAGACAUGGCCAAACUGGAAGAGUGUGUCAGAAGCAUUCAGGCUGAUGGCCUUGUUUGGGGAUCUUCCAAACUUGUUCCAGUUGGUUAUGGAAUCAAGAAGCUUCAAAUUCAAUGUGUAGUGGAAGACGAUAAAGUUGGAAUGGAUAUGUUGGAAGAGAAGAUCACUGCAUUUGAGGAUUAUGUACAAUCAAUGGAUGUAGCUGCUUUCAACAAAAUUUGAGUCCUGAUAGCAUUAGGAAUAAAACUAUUGCAACACCCA